GAGGUAACAGUUGGUGCGUAUAUACACCACUCCACUACAUAUACAUACAUAUUUCUGUAAGUAAUCAACAGAAACAAACUAACAACUUCACAAUCGCCUCUCUGUGUUUGUUAUCUUUGCUUAAAGUAAAAGAGAACAACAGAAGAAGAUAAAUAACCAAACAAACAAGAAGCAAUAGCAAUGGCUUCUUGGUUGUCGCUUUCUCUAUUCGAUGAACAAGAAGAAGAUGAUGAGAAUGAAGAACAAGAUAAAGAUGUUUCGAAUCAAAACCCUAGCUCUCCAUCUGUCAACGACAAUAACAUCUCCGCCGUCAUCGGCCGUCAAUUCCGGGGCGUCGCCGCCUUUCUCGCUCCGCCGCCUUCUUCACCCGUCUCCCCCGGUAAUUCCGCCGAAAUUCCCGCGGAGUCGCCGCCGGCUUCGCCUCUGCUUGGAAUGAAAAAUGAUUUCGUUGAGAUCGGCGAAGGCUUCAAGUCCAAACUCUCUUUGAUUUCUUCGAACAAGGCGGUGACUGAGAUUUCGAGAUUCGCGAACGGUUUGUUUCAGUUUGGAGAUGAUGAAGAUGAGAGAGUGCUCCGAGAAGACUUAGGGUUGAGUCAGGAAGUUGUGAGUUUCGUCCACGAUAUUUCUGAGCGGCCUCAAUUGUGGACUGAGUUUCCGUUGUCUCUUGAAAAUGAUUUUGAUAUGUCUGAUAUUCAGAGAGAACAUACUGCUGCAAUUGAAAAAAUGAUGCCAAAUAUGGCUGCCUUGAGGCGUGAGAUUUGCAAAACUGUUGAUGAAGAUAUUUUUUGGAUGAUCUAUUUUAUUUUGUUGCUUCCAAGGUUGAAUGAUUAUGAUGCCGAGCUUUUGUCAACCCCAGAGAUUGUUGAAGCGAGAGGAAAACUUCUGCAUAAACUGCAGGAAAGAAAUAUGGCACCCCCUGUGAAUUCUGAGGUCUCUGAGAGCGUGGAAACACUGAAGAACAGUGGUGGGAAUGAAAAUAGCACUCAUGCAAACAAGAGGCCCACUCAUGGAAAUGAAGAGACCAACUAUGCUGAGAAUUCUAAGGAGUUUAAAGAGAAAGAUGUUGGUACAUACUCCUCUGAUGAAGUAAAACAGUCUGAAGGGGAGAUCUCAUUCAGUGAUAUCGAGAGCGAUGAUAAUUUCCUCUCAGGCAAAUAUUCAGGCACUAGGCAAUCAGAGAUCCCUUCAUGCUCGGGACCCAGUGAUUGGGUCGAUUUAAAAGGAAGUUUUGGUAUCCUGGGUGGUGAUAAGCAGAAGACAGUUCCAUCAACUUCGGGAGAAAAGGGUUCAGAAAGUGAGGAGUCAAACGAGUGGCUCACGAUUGAUGAUUCUGAUUUAGAUCGUCCAGCAGUUGGCUGAACGUUUGAGAUUAUAAACUUUUGUCUUCACAUUUUUUUCUGAUUUUCCGCAGUAGGAAAAAGGGGGAGUGUUUAGGUGAUCAAGGCAGAUGCCCUUGUACUCCCCGACUAAAAGUUGUGUAUAUUGGACCUCAUAUUAGAACAAAGCUAGACUAAAAUAAUUUAAGUAUGUACAUCACCAAAGUGGUAACAAUCAGGUUAUAAUUCUGUUCUCCUUGAGGUUGUACUUGAUGUUAGUGCUGUAUAUAUACAAGUGGUGUUGGUGCAAGUAAUUUGAUAGAA